UAUUAUUUUUCAGUUUUCUAUGGAAGUCGUACCAUUUUUACAUUAGUACACUUUGGACUCUCAAUUUUUUUAUUAUUAUUUUGGUCUUGAUGUGAGAGUACCUUUGUAUUGUAUUGUAUCAGUAACCCAUAGAACUAAAUAAUAGGUAUUGUCAGAUAAAAAGAAACUUCAAACUUGGUUGAUUAUGCAUGACAUUCAUAUUUAUAUUAUUUUGUAAUAUAUGUAGGUAGUAUAUCUGUUCAGUAACCAUGAGAUACGAGCGUAUCUCUAGAAUGUCAGGGGCAAAUGUUAUAGACUAUCAUAGGCCUGUAAACUCUAGGUUCUGAAAAGAAAAAAGAGAGAAGAAACAUACUUUUAUUUUAAUAGGUUUCUUUGAGUUUUUAUUGUUUGGUGAUCUCAAAGGCUGCUCCUUUUAGCAUGGAGAAAAGUGAAGGGUUUGUCAAGGGUGGAAUACUGAAAAACAAAAGGAAUAUAGUCAAUGGCGUCAACUUCAUUCGCCAAGCAGACUCUUGUGCCUAUGAAGGAACCAGUGUCUAGCUAUACUCCAUAUCCACCUCCUCUUGCAAGAUAUGAAGAUGUUGUAGCUAGUCCAAAGCUUUUCCUCGCCACUUUGGAGAAGCUCCAUGCUACUAUGGGAACAAAGUUUAUGAUCCCCAUCAUAGGAGGAAAGGAGUUAGAUUUGCACAAACUUUUCGUGGAGGUAACAUCGCGUGGUGGAAUUGAGAAGAUUGUAAGAGAGCGGAGAUGGAAAGAAGUGACUUCUGUUUUCAACUUCCCCUCCACUGCUACAAAUGCAUCUUUUGUGCUGCGGAAGUACUAUGUUUCUCUGCUUCAUCACUAUGAACAAAUCUACUUCUUUAAAGCCCGUGGUUGGAUCCCUGUUCCUUCUGAUCCUCUUCGAAACCAACUACUACCGCAGACCCCUACUCAAGGUGCAGUGCGGCCAGCCACAGAUAUUCAUUCAGCUGCUGUCCAGCAGCCAAGAGUAAAUAUUGCCGAGUCGCCUGCAGUAAGGCCAACAUCGACAGCAGGCACUCCUGUGAUUGGGGUCAUUGAUGGGAAAUUUGAGAGUGGCUAUCUUGUUACUGUCACCAUUGGCUCAGAGAAGUUAAAAGGUGUCCUCUACCAGGCUCCUCAGGGUGCAGCACCCCAAGUGCCACAUCAGUAUGGUGUAUUUGCUGGCAAGAGUGACAGCGCUCAUGCUUCAUCAGGGGUGCAACGUCGGAGGCGCCGGAAGAAAUCUGAGAUAAAACGGAGGGACCCUGCUCAUCCGAAACCUAACAGGAGUGGGUAUAAUUUCUUUUUUGCUGAGCAGCACGCAAGGCUGAAACCACUUCACCCUGGAAAGGACAGAGAGAUUAGUAGAAUGAUUGGUGAAUUAUGGAACAACUUAACUGAAUCAGAAAAAACAGUCUAUCAGGACAAAGCGCUCAAAGACAAAGAAAGAUAUAGGAUUGAGAUGGAGGAUUACAGGGAAAGAUUAAGAACAGGUCAAAUUAUCAGUGAUGCAGUGCCCCUACAGCAACGACUUCCGGAACCAGAUGUAGAAAUGACAGAAGCAAAUAUGAGGCUUGAUGGAGCUGAAGGUGGCGAUUCUCAAACACUGGAACAUGAUAGCAGCUCCGGUGGAAGUGAUUUCGAAGAUGAUAAAACUGCAGAUAAGGAUUUAGGUAUGGAAGAAUCUCCGGUUGUAGGGGUAGGCGGUGAAUCUAUGAAUGAAGAUGUGGAGAUUUCAGGUGAGCUAAUGAUUGAAAAGUUCAGCAUUGAGGGUGAAGAAAACUUGGGGAAUGCUUUGUCAGAGGCAAACAAAGAACCAAUGCAUAGUGAAGAACACUAAAAAAUCUGCUAGGGUUAACAUAAACAUCGCGGCCGUGAAGUAAGUUUUUAUUUAGUUGCUUCCUUUUUAUCUGUAAAAAGUUAGUUUUACUGUUAGCGGAAGGUUUUGUUUCCUAGGAUGGGAUGAAGGCAAGAUAUUUUUUUACUGGCUUGGGUAAAGUGUUGUGGUGGAGAAAUCCCAACACCUGCAAAAAACGAUCUCCCAACUAGCUUAUUGUGUCAAUGGAGGGCUCAUUUGUAGACUGUAGUUGACAACAAAGUGUAGAAAUGCAUGAAGAGAAAAGUUCUUUUUAAUGCGUAGAUAUAUGAAUUUCAUUCAUACCCUUGGAUUUGCUUGA